AUGCGUGUCUUGUCCCCGUUGUAUAUCAUGUCCCGGCUCUGUCUCUGGACCCCAGAGCUCCUCCUCACGAUGCUACAGUUGUGGCUCUGGGUCCAGGCAGCACCUAUUUCGCACUGGGACCGAAAUCGGAUCCUGCCAAACCGCGAUCCUGCUGAACCCACAGAGCCACUGUCUCCACGCACUUCCUAUCUCCCACCUGAACCAUCCCAUAUGCUCAACCACCCCGGGGACCCCGGGGACCCCGGGGACCCUGAUGGUUUUGAUUACCUGGAAUCCUCACCUCCGUCUCAGAUGUUUGUUGCACCGCAGGAAUUGACUGAAAAUUUGCUUUCAUUCCCCAACACAGAUUCUGCUGAACAGCUACCUCCAGAGUCAGAUCAGUUUCCUGGGUCUCAUGAUCUGCCAGACAAGUUAAUUCCAGAGGAGACACAUGUAGAGGCGAUCCCAAUGGCAGGUGAGGAUCACAACCAGUCCCACCCUCUGUCUCAUCCACUCAAAAGUACAUUUCAGACUAUAGGGCUAGAUCAGACUGCAGAUCACCAGUCAUUUGAAAUACUUCUUGCACCUAUGGAUAAUCAGAGUUUAACAACAGCACCGUUUGUUUCACAAGAGAACCUAGAGAAUGAUCUAGCUCAGCAUCCGCACCUUGCUACACUUAUCAUUGAAACUGCAAACUCAUUUACUGAACCCGAGGUUCAGAAACAAUCCUUGCAGGAUGGUUAUCUAGAUUCAGAUAGGAAUAUGGUUUAUUCUGAUAGCCAAACUCUGAAAACCCAAGGGAAUGCAGAUGAGCCUCCAGAGCCCUUAGAGCAAGGUGUACCUUCUAAGUUCCACCUGGAGACCCAUACUCAAAAUCCAGAGACUCCUGAGGAGAUCCAAUCCUCUGUCACCCAGAAAGACACCCCAGCUCAACAUGAACUUGUUAGGGAGGAUGUUGUACCAUCAGUGCAUCAGGAAGCAAAUGUUCCACUCCCAAGUGAAAAUGAAACUCAGCUCUCAACCCUGUCAAAUGCCUUGAUUAAUCUUUUGGAUAUGGACACCAUAACAACUCCCAGGAAACGGCAGACCCCAGCCCGGCCUGUGGGGAGUGUAGAGGAAGAAGCAACUUUGUCGUUCCAAGAAGAGGCACCAGAUCAGACUUCAGAGCUCCCCGAGAUUGCUGAACCUUCUGGAAGCCAGCUGGAAGUCCCAGGUCAACCUUCAGCAUCUUUUGAAGAGGUUGGAUCCCUGUCUAUUCAACAGGAAGCUCCAGCUCUAGCACCUAUUAGAGAUGAGAAGUCUGAGCAGGAGAUCCCAACUGACAAUAUACAGACUGCUCGAGAGGAGGAACCUUCUCCAAGCCACUCUGUGGCCCAAUCUCAGCUUCCAGAGCCACCUGAUGGGAAUGUAGCUCAAACUUCAGCGUAUUAUGCAAUGCCAGUUUCAACACCAAGUGAGGACCAAACUAAAUAUUUAAUACUUCCCAAUAGCACAGCUCAACUUUUGGGUCUGCAAAGCACAGUAACUGAAAAACCCACUACUAAAGCUAAACACUUCCGGACAAAGACAGACGCUCUUCUAAAACAAGCCCACAUUGCAAUUCAACUACCUGUGGCUCUCCAACUUACCAUGACUGUACAACCUACUGCUGAGUAUGAAUUUUCUCCAACAGUACAAACUGAACAUUCUUUGGCUACUUCUCCAGAGAAGCAUGAUGUAAUGCUUUCACAUCUGGACCAGGUUCAGACUUCGAAUCCGGUUGUAACUGAAGUCACAGUUAAACCUUUUGAUCUGGAACUUACUUUAACUCCAGGAUCCAUUAUGGAGGCUGAACCUUCUCCAACCAUACAGAAUACCCUAACUGAUCCUCAACAGCUUAUAUCUCAAGCUCCAGUGUAUUAUGUUCAGGCCCAACAACCAAACCUGACUCCAAAACCUACUACAGAGGUUUCUCCAUCCAUGCAGUUAACUCCAACUCAUCCUCCAAUUUUACCAACUGCACAGGCUGUAUUUUCUACAGCUUCUUUUCCAAACAUCCCCAUGACUAGAAUCACAGUGCAACCUUUGAAUUUGGGAUUGAACAUGACUCAGUUCUCUGCAAAUCCUGUCACUGAAAAGGUUUUAACUGUGCAAAUUGGACAGAUGUCCACUUCAAAAAUCAACAUAUGUGAGCUCUGUACAUGCCAGGAACAGACAAUGUUGUGUAUUGGUCUCAGCCCAGCACAGAAGCUCCGCCGAGUACCAGUGCCAGUUCCCCACACCAAGAAGAAAAUCUUUACUGUGUUAAAUUUCCAAGGAAACUCUAUUUCUUACUUGGAAGAAAAUAUAUGGAAAACAUACCGUUGGGUUGGGAAGUUAAUUCUCAGUGAAAAUCGCCUGACUGAAUUACAUAAGGAUUCAUUUGAAGGCCUGCUGUCCCUUGAGUAUUUAGAUCUGUCAUGCAAUAAAAUACAGUCUAUUGAAAGACGCACAUUUGAACCACUACCAUUUCUGAAGUUUUUAAACCUUGGUUGCAAUUUACUCAUAGAACUGAGCUUUGGAACAUUUCAGACAUGGCAUGGAUUGCAGUUUUUACACCAGUUAAUUCUCAGUCGUAAUCCUCUGACAGCAGUUGAAGAUUCCUAUCUUUUUAAAUUGCCAGCAUUAAAAUAUCUAGAUAUGGGAACAACACAAGUGCAACUUACAACAAUUGAGAACAUCCUCAUGUUGACCCUUGAGUUGGAAAAACUGAUCUUACCUCGCCAUAUGGCCAACUGCCUCUGCCAAUUUAAAAAUCAUAUUGAAGUUGUCUGCAAGACAAUCAAGUUGAUUUGUGAGAAUUCAUUUGUGACAAACACAACACAUUGUCUUGAAGAAGCAACAAUAGGAAACCCAGAUGGAGCAUUCAUGAAGGUGUUAAAGUCCCGGAAGAAGAAUACCAGCACUGAGCUGACUAUUGAACCAGAAAGAGAAUAUUCAGGAAAAAAUGAUGCUAGCUACUCAGGCUUCUUGAACGAGCAGUUAGAUUUUAAUGAUGAAAGUGAUAUUAUUAGUGCACUCAACUAUAUAUUGCCGUAUUUCUCACAGGGAAAUCUAGAUGAUGUAGAAUUGACAUUGUUACCAUUUAUUAAACUGCUUUUUACAAAUGAAAACACCUGGGCAGAGAUGGAGAGUGCAGAGGAAAGACUGCAGAGGUUCAACAGAGUCCUCAAGGGGCCAAAAAGCAUGCAGAAAAGGCACUUCAAAGAAGUGAGCAAACAAAGGAAACAGAGUGGUUGGCCUCUUGUGAAGAAUAUUGCUACAGAAAAAAGAUAUAGGAGACUACCCCUAAGGGAGCUAGAGCAGCUUCAUGUGUUUCAGGAGCCGAGGAAAUUGGUGGGAAAUGCCUUGCCUACACAGCCCUCUUUCAUAAAGAAACAUAAGGCAAUAGCCUCUUCUUUCCAGAAACAAGACUCAGCCAGCAAGGCCUCCUUGUCAACCAUUGUAAAAUCCCUACAUGAGGUCAGAAAUAAAGACAAAGACUUAGCUUAUAGCAUGUUUAUUUUAGAAGAAGCAAAUUCUAGAGUUAAAAGCAUGGAGGCUUCUAAUCCAAUCAUCCAUUCCCAGAAAAAUUACCAAUUUCAUAAGACUGGCUCUCCUGUGGCACACAAAAUACCCAAGGCCAAACUGAGCCGAAAGUUCAGAAAGAAAACUUCACGCUUUAGGCCAAUGCUUGGGAACAGGCCUCCAUUUUUUCCAGUAAGGAGCCUCAUAGAUUCCCCUUCAGGAGGGGACUUUUCAUCUUUGAGAGAGUUAAAUUCUCCAGAGAACCCUUUCCCAGAAUUCUAUGCUCUUUUAGAUCCAUCUCUAGACAGGACUUCUGUAGGAAACCAGACUGCAACAACUGCUUUAAAACAAAGUGUUCCUGUGGGAAAAACUACUGUACCAAAACAAAAUCACCAUAAAAACAAAAUUCAGGAAAAGGAUGCUACUGAAGAUUCCACUGUGACUGAGUUCAACGUAAUGCCAACUAUGAAAAAGAUCAGUGAGACACAAUGGGAAUACCCCAGUGUAGGCACUGACUCACCUGUCAAGCCCACAGACUCCUCUUCCCCAUUCUUAUCGUAUGCUGAUCAUUUUGAACUACAGGUAAACCAGCAGUUGAAGUCCCUCAUUCCCAGUAAUGAUGUGAGAAAGCUCCUGUCUUAUCUUAUCCGGACCUUACAUUUUGACUGUACUGAAACCAUAGUACAGGAAGUCUGUUCUAAGCUCAUCUCCAGAAUCGGCCUCUUGAUGAAGUUUCUUAGCAAACAGCAAGAAGUCAAGGUGUCCAAGGCUGACUGGGAUACAGAUCAGUGGAAAACAGAGAACUACAUCAAUGAGAGCACUGAAGGCCAAGGUGAACAGAAAGAGUUAAGUCAGCUUGUACAAGAAGUUCCGGGAUAUGGCUAUAACAACAAACUCAUCUUGGCAAUAUCUGUGACUGUAGUAGUAAUGAUCUUGAUUGUAAUUUUCUGUCUCAUUGAGAUGGAGGGCUUCUUUUCGUUAAAGCGGCCACUUUGGCUGAGGGAUAUGUAUAGACCUCUCAAUGCCACACGCAAGAAAAACAUGGCCAAGAAGCUACAUGACCUGGAGUCUUCUGAUGAGGAUGAGGUUUUAAAGAAGAAAAAAGGGAAUCCAAGUGAAGUCAUCAUAGAGAUCCCAACAGAUUCUGCCCCUGAAGGUGAAGAGAGUGAAGCAGUUUAG